ACCAAAGAAAACCUACCUCAGGAAUUGCGUUUGCGUUCAUGUGCCGAAGCGUUUAUCGAGGCGGUCACUUGGCAAGGAUUAGCAUCCGUCGCAAUUCCUGGUUUUACUAUCAAUAGAAUAUGUUACGUAAUGGGCAUCGUACUCCGAAGAUUUGCUUCUCGUGUACCACCUGGGACCCAGUCUUGGAUAACAACUGCGGUCGGAUUGGGGGCAAUACCGAUAAUUAUACACCCAAUUGACAGGUAUGAUAUUUGGCUGGUUUAUGCAUAGCCUAUCGAAGGGAAGAUGGCUGUGAAACUCAUUAGAAUAACAAUAUAACUCAGUCUAUGUUAGUCAACGUUUAUCAGGGUUCGUACAAGUCAGGAAGAGUCAAAUUCAAGGACUUUUCAAGGACAUUCAAGGCCAUGUAUCAGCAAAUUCAAGGACUAAAUACUGAAGAAGAAGGCGUUAGAAAUCAGCAAAAUCUGACGUUGAAUUGUUCAAAACGUAACUUUAUAAUGAGGUCAGAUAUGAACAUGCAAAAUCAGUUCAACAAAAUGUUCGUCUUGAAUGUCAAAAAAUUUCAGAAAAUAUCCAAAAACUAAAGCAAGAAGAAUUCAAGGACAUUCAAGCACUUCUUUACAAAUUGAAGGACAUUCAAGGCCUUGAAUUUUUGUUUUCAUAUUCAAGGACUUUCAAGCUUUGUACGAACUCUGGUUUAUUCAUAAAUCUGGUCCUUCACCGUCACGUGUGUAGUGUAUUUUUGCCAAAUCCACCAAUAGCAAUUUCCAAUUUCCCUAUUGUUCGAGUCACGGAUAGGUAACUUUCUUAAAACAUUGCUAUUGGUUAGUUGGGCAAAAAUACAAUACACACGUGACGGUGAAGGACCAGAGUUAUGAAUAAACGUUGACUAACAUAGAUAAUAAGUUAUAUUGUUAUUCUAAUGAGUUUCACAGCCAUCUUCCCUUCGAUAGGCUACGGUUUAUGCUAUCAAAGUUUCCUGGAUCAUAAUAUGAUAAACAUUUUUUAUCCCACAGAUCUGUGGACUAUAUCAUGGCCGAAGCUAUAAAAUUAUCAGGAGAAUUUGGAGUAGAACAUAACAUAGACCAUAGUGACGGCUGGUCAUUCCCCGGACCAGAUACACACCUCGUACAGGAAGAUUAUGAACAUAAUCUUGACUUAUUUUGA